UGGGCCGUCUAUCUCUGCGUGUAUGGCGUAUAUCCGUUGCGGUAGACCGGAAGUAGCUGUUUAUAGAGAGAGAAUAUUAUCUUGAUCUUUUUUUUUUACGAAAUGCAGCCGAUAUCGGACACCAGUAUCUUAUCCAGUGAACUGAGAGCAUUGUUUGAAACCGCGAUAACUUUGAGAUUAUCGGAGAACCAGAUUAAUACGUGCGUCAACGAUGUAUGCCGGAGACCGUUUUGUAAACGUGCAUUGUCGAAAAUAGCGGCAAGCGUAUUCAAUUCUCUGGUUUUGGUUUCCACUGUGUAUGUCCUAACUAGAUUCCUUUGCCAACUAAGCUUCAUUGAAUCUAUUAUUUCGCAAAUGUACGACGACUAUACGUACGCAGCUUUGCGAACAUCAAGAUUGCUAACUAUGCCGCUGUUGGCUCAAUUUCCAAGCCUUGCUCAGUACCACACCACAAAGUGCUUAUUGAAAAACCCAUUUUUUACCCCCAUCAACGCGAAUGACUGCUGGCCAUGUGAUGGCCUAAAAGCCGUUGUUGACUUAUCGGGCCAUGUCCACGCUGCUCGGGAUUACAUAUUGUCUGGCACACCUUUUGUUGUGAGAGAUGCAGUCCACAGUGAGCUGUCCUUGGAAUAUGUGCAGAAGACAUUACGAGCACAUGGAGUAAUACUCUCGGAUCAAACGAGCAAAUAUGAAUCCACUUUGGACAAGGUGAAGAGCGUAGAAGAGUUUAUUAAUCAGCGUGACCUCUUGAAGACAAAAGUGUACCACAUUUUUUGGCGAACAAACUCCGUUUCAUCCGCUCGCAUCCUGAGGAAGACGUUUCCACGACCCUACUUUGUACCUAAAACUACCGAGGUGUCACUGGAAAGAUCCUUCCUGACUGAUGGACCUGAAGAGCCAAACUACACAUUGCCCCAAUCUGAUUUUGCAAACACACUGCUAGUCCAAGUAGAAGGUACAAGAAUAAUCGUCCUAGAACCGUCAGACUAUUGCAGUAGCAACUGUUUGUCUGUCUCUAUCCUCAUGAAGCCCAAAGAUAUGCUAUACUACAACAACCAAAUUUCGAAGCCACGGUCUGUUCCAUCAUUGCUCACAGAUUCUCCAAGCGUUGUCUACAUGUCAUCCUUUUACUAAGCAACAGAUUGUAACCAGUCCAUGUUUCUGUCUGUUUAUUUGUAGUGCACCAUAAUGCUAAACAUUAAGCUUUGCAUCAGAGACAUGCUGUAAUGCAUUUCACGAAGGAAAAAAAAAUUACUAUUUUCACAAAUUGCAAACCAUACUGUACAAGGUAGAACUAGAAACAAAUGUGUGUUAGUUGCAUGACUAGCUUGUAAAAGUAGAACAAUGUAUACGAAAAGAAAGUGUUGAAAUACUGAUGUUACACAACCAGAGGUCAAGAAGUGGAAUGUUCCAAACUCUGCACAUUGUACAAAAAUGUACUGGAACAAUAAAGAGAACAAAGUACAAAAACA